CAACAAUCAAGCAGUCACUUUUGCUCAGGACAUGAAAUUGGGUCACUACAUGAAAAUCUCUCCGUACAACAUGUUCUUUUCUCAAUUCACGGCUGCUAUCUGGUCCUGUUUUGUUCAAAUUGGUGUCUUGAGGUGGGCCUACGGUGCAGUCGAUGGCUUAUGUGAAACUGACCAGCCAUCCAAUUUCACCUGUCCCGGAGCUAAGGUUUUUUUCAAUGCCUCAAUUAUUUGGGGAGUCAUUGGUCCACANCAACGUCAAUUCUCCCACGGUCAAUUGUACUACGGAACAUUGUUUUUCUUCAUCAUCGGUGCUAUUCUCCCGGUUAUCAAUUGGUUGAUCUUGCGUAAAUACCCAAACAGCGUCGUUAAAUACUUGCACUGGCCCGUGUUUUUCUCCGGUACCGGAUUAAUUCCACCAGCAACUCCAUUCAACUAUACUUCAUACUGUUUAGUUGGAUUACUUUUUGGUUGGUGGAUCAAAAGAAAGUUUUUCCACUGGUGGACCAAGUACAAUUAUUCCUUAUCUGCUGGAUUGGAUAUUGGGUUAGCCUGGAGUCUUUUGAUUAUUUCGUUGGCCUUGGGUUUAACGCAAACUGAUUUCCCAAGCUGGUGGGGAAACGAUGUCGUUAAUGGCACGCUUGACACUGGUGUUACGCAGAAUAUCAGAAAGUUGUUGAAAGAUGGAGAGGCCUUUGGGCCAUCUACUUGCGAUCACCAACAAAAAUUAGACGAAAAAGAGAGGGAAGAAAAACCAGCAAGGGAAGCUGAAGCUCAGAGGCAAUUGGAGGAAAACUUGGAGAAGGAAGCUAAUGAAUUUGGUUGGGGGAAAAAGACCAGAAAGAAUGUCAAAACUACCCAGGCUGUUUUGGAGCAGUUGGCUGAGGAAACCAGACAAAGACAUCAAACUGCUUACGAUGCACAAGAGGAUGCUGAUAUUGAAGAUUUAUUAGAGGACUAA